UGUAAACAAUAUGGCGGACACCAUCACGCAAAACAUUUUGUGCAAAAUUUGUGGUGAAACUAAAAACCUUAAACGAUGUGGGACGUGUAAACGAGUUUACUAUUGCUCACGGGAACACCAGUUAAAAGACUGGAAAGGACAUAAAGAAACUUGCAAAGAAUUAAAAUCCAGUCAAUACGAAGAACAAACAGGUACUAAUGGUAUGGUGUACAGUAAGGGUAAUAAAUGCGGUAUCGGCGAAGGAAAGAGUAAUAUAUGCGGAAUCAGCGAGGAAAAUUUGAAUAUAGGUAAAGUUGAUGAAAACCAACGUUCUGGUAAUGGUAGUUGUUUAAGUAAAGAGGUCAUGGUCGUAGAGUCUGAUUCUAAUGAUUUGGUACCUUUUGACAAUAGGCCAUUUAGAUACGAAGAAUUUACAAGCAUGCCGUCAAACACUUCUGAAAUUGACAUCGCCAAAUUCGCCGUUAAUACGUUGAACGAAAAAGGAUUCUGUGUAAUAGAUGGUUUAUUUACAAAAAGUCAGUAUCAGAAAUGCUUUAAAAGAUAUAAAAAUUUGCGCAGACGAUGAGAAAUUUAGCAGCGGAAAAGUGGGUGGUGCAGGACAAGUAGAGAGCAAGAAAAACAAGAAGUGAUAGCCGA